CCGCCGUCGGGCUCCGCCCCGCGCAGCCCUACAGAGCAAAGCCCCUGUGCGUAAGCGCACCCCGGCAGCUGAGGCUGGAGGCCGCAGGAGUGGGAGCCAGUAAGGGGCUUCGAGAAGGAAACGGCGGUAGCGCCCGGUGGUCCAAGACGCGAGCGCGGGUACCUGCGAAGCGCCAGGUUCCGGCGAACGCACCAGCUGAGCCCUCAGCAGCGGGAGCCCCCGCGCCAGUUUGGUUUGGGGUAAGAGCAGGGGUCCGCAUCUCUGCAGCUCGGGCGUGAUGAGCCGGCGCCCCUAAACCGGCGUGAUGCUCGGUUUGGUUUGGACUUGCGCUGCCCUUUACUCGGGUCGCGGGGAUGCGAGUGGAGAAGGGGACACCAAGUCCUGUAGGCUGGGCCCCACGGCCGCGGCCGAAGUAACGGUGUAAAGAUGGACCGAUCCCGCCCAGAGCCGUCUCAACCCCAGGUGAUCCUCAUCCUCCGCCCUCCCGGGCAUUACGUCCGUGCUCUGGGAGCCCAGCCUGACGUUUAUUAUUCAGAAAAUGUGCUUGGCAGGGGGAGGCCUAGGUUGAACACGCGGCCCCGAGUCUCCCAGGUGAAACCCUCGACACUUAUCCUUGUCUGCCGCCGCAUUUUACAGAAGACGAGCCCAGCCCCGAGAAGGGAAGAAACCGGCCCAAGGUCACAUCGUAGUCAGAGGCCGAGCCAGGACCGAAGCCAGUAGUCCUGCUUUCUAGCCUGAGACCUAGGCUCCCUUCCUCACCGCAUCUCUCUGGGUCUGCCCGCAUCCCUCGUCCUACUCCCGCGUCCUCCACGAGGCUCUGUUCUCGGGGACUUGGUUGGGGGUGGGGAGUACUUCCUCCCCUCAAGCUGCGCCCUCGGGAAGGAUGCUGGACAGCAGUCAGGCCUUCGGUCCAGUUUCCUCGAGCACGAGCUGAGCCGGCUGUUACUGGAGGACCGCAGAGGCCGCAGGACCGGGGGAGGAGGAGGACCGAGCAAGUUGGAGGCGCCGCGGGAGCAGGCCGGAGGUGCUGGGUUGGUGGUGGGCCCGCGGCCGGGGAAGGCCGGGAGCCUCUGCCGCUCACAGAACCCACCCGGAGGAGCCUGACCAUUCUGCCUCUCGUGGCCACUAUGCUGACUGCCUGCUUCUCCAGACCCCUGUCACAGCUGCCGAGGAAAGCCCUGAAUUUCUCUGAUAGAGUAAAUGGAGCAAGAGGCUCGCUGCUGUUUCACUCUGCCUCCUUUGUUCCUGUUGACCGUCGGACUUACGCUGCUUCGGUGAACCCGGUUGGCAGCAAAGCUGUCUUGGUUACAGGCUUUGACUCUGGAUUUGGGUUCUCCUUGGCCAAGCAUCUGCAUUCAGAAGGCUUCCUUGUAUUUGCUGGCUACUUGAUGAAGGUGCUGAAGAAGAGCUUAUAGGGCCUGGUUAACAAUGCGGGCAUCUCAAUGUUCGGGGUUGUGGAGUUCACCAGCAUGGAGCCUACCUACAAGGAGGUGGCGGAAGUAAACCUCUGGGGCACAGUGCGGGGGACAAAAUCCUUUCUCCCCCUCAUCCAGAGGGCCACAGGCUGCGCGGUCAGCGUCAGCAGCAGGCUGGGCCGCAUGGCCCACGCGGCCGCCCCCCCGUACUGCAUCACCAGGUUUGGGGUGGAGGCUUUCUCUGACUGCCUGCGCUACGAGGUGCACCCACUGGGAGGGAAGGUCAGCGUGGUGGAACCCGGCAACUUCAACGCCACCACCAGCCUCUACGGCGCUGAGCGCAUCCAGGCCAUCGCCAAUAAGAUGUGGGACGAGCUUUCUGAGGGGGUGCGCAAGGACUACGGCAGGAAGUACUUUGACGAGAGGGUCUCGAAGAUGGAGACCUACUGCAACAGCGGCUCCACGGACACAUCCCCUGUCAUCAGCGCUGUCACCCACACCCUGACCUCCGCUACCCCCUACACUCGCUACCACCCCAUGGACUACUUGCGAAUGCGGAUCACGACCCACUUGCCCGGAGCCAUCUCCGACAGGAUCUACAUACACUGAGGAGUUUCGCACU